GGCAGAUGGUUUCAAAUCUCUGACAACUCCAACCCGACGAACUUAUCAACCUCGCUAGCGAAGAAAAGUUAUAACUCACGACGAGUGUGUCGCUGUAGUCAUCAAUCUAAAAUGAAAAAGGUCAACUUCUUAAGUUCAGUACUUCUUUUAAUGCAGUUCACGAUGACCCACUUUAGCGAUGCACACCUCCAAGCAACUUUUGUGGACCGAUACAAGGAUGUUGGAGAAUUAUGGCGCACUCAGAUGGAAAUAGAAGAUGUUACUACAACAGCAGAACGACUUUGGAAGGAAACAAGUGACCUUUAUCGGCAGCUCCAUGCGUUUGUAAGGCAUCGAUUGCUACUCAGAUAUGGCCCUAGUAUCGUUCAAGAUAAAGGCCCUGUCCCUGUUCAUUUGCUUGGUGGCCUAUGGGGUGAAACGUGGUCGGGGAUCUUGGAUAUUCUUCAACCUUCGGAAAUAACUUCCUCCCAGACAAACGUGCCAACUGUGAAUGAGUUUUACAAGACUGCUGAACGUUUCUUCAGUUCUAUGGAUUUGUUCAACAUGACCUCAACCUUCUGGCGAAAGUCCAUGCUCACAGCUCCAUCUGACGGGAGAUUAGUUGACUGUCACGGAUCUGCCUAUGAUAUCGGAAAAGAGGAUGAUUACAGGAUUAGAAUGUGUACACAGCUUAAUAUGGAAGGUCUACAUCGUGUUUUUCACGAGAUGGGCCACGUGCAGUAUUACAUGGCUUACCGAUUUCAACCAGUCAUCUUCCGGUCGGGAGCCACUUCUGCUCUUCACGAAGCGCUUGGUGAAACAAUGGCGGAAUCAGCCUUAUCGCCUGAUUGUAUGAGAAGACAAAACAUAUCGCUAAUCCCAGAAAGCGUAUCAGAGGAUGACAUAAGUUUGUUAUUACGCCACGCCCUGAAGAAGAUUGCAUUUCUACCUUGGGCUUUGGUUGUGGAUAAAUGGAGAUAUGACGUUUUCAGUGGCGCCAUCUCUCCAGGAGAGAUGAAUACACGGUGGUGGAAGCUUAGGGAAAAGUUUCAGGGCGUAAAACCACCUGUACUGCGCACGGAGAAAGAUUUUGAUCCUGGAUCUAAGUAUCAUAUUGCAAACAAUAUACCAUAUCUCAGAUAUUACUUCAGCACAUUUCUCCAAUAUCAGCUACUCGAGGAUCUGUGCUCGGAAGUGCCAUCAGAAGCCAACAAAGCACUUCAUCGAUGUUGUUUGUUUGGCUCAACACAGGCAGGUCACAAACUCAAGACGCUGAUGUCGUUGGGGUCGUCUCUUCCUUGGCCACGUGUGGCAUCUCAGUUCUUCAGACAUGGGAAACUGACAGCAGCGCCGCUGUUGGCUUAUUUCAGACCUUUAAAGGAAUGGCUAAUAGAAGAAAACAGGAAGACAGGAGCUACAGUUGGCUGGUUUCUUUCAUUAAAUUAACAUGUGUUUUUAAAUAUGCUUUGUGAAGAACGAUAAUAUAUAACGAAGAGGAGGUCGAAGCUAGUUUGAUACGGAAUCUUAAUUGUUUUAAAGACUUGUUUUGAAAAUAGGCUUGAUAUUUAAAUUCGAUUUUUAAAGUGUAUGUCAUUUUAGUUUUGAAUACUGAAUUACUAAAUUAACACAUAUUUAGCUAUUGCUCUAAACUCUGAUAAUGAAAAUGUAGUUUUAUUUAAUUCAUAAAGGUUAUUAAUUUUAACUGACUGUGUGAAAGAAA